AUGUUUCCUUGUAGAUCCAAAAUGGGAGUGCGUCCACCCAGUAGCAAAUAUGCAAGCCUAUUUGGUCGGCGCCAACUACUGAGUGGAAUGACCAAAAGUGAGAAAUCUACCAUUAUAUCAAAACAAAAUCAGAUUUUCAAUGAGCAGAAUGUGGAUGUGACACCUCUUCCUUUGUUAGACAGUGUUCAGCUAAAGCGAAACAAUGUCACUGCUCCAACUUUAGAAGGAACAGUAGCAGAAUUUCCAAGCAUAAUUGGCAUGACAGUUGCAUCCUCAUUUGCAGGUGGGCCCUUUACCAGGUCAGUAUUUAACACGACAGCGCAUUAUGAUGGUUCUGAAGAUUAUUCUGAUCAGGACAUUUCUUCAAUUUGGAAAGUUAGUGAUACUCAAAGUGAAGCGGUAGAGAUUCUAAAUGAGAAAGAUUUGGAGACAUUUGUAACCAUUUAUUUGGAAGAGUCAGAUACAGAUAUUGUGUUUGAGUUGUUCAGUACAUGUGUGAUGGCUGGUACUGCAGAGGAGGAAGCAGUUUCCAAACGCAACCAGCAAUAUAAAAUUUUGGUCAAUAGUCGAGAUGGUAACGAUCGCUAUGUCUCAAAAGAAAUGAAUACAUUCAAUAACCAAUUGAAACUGAAACAUAUCCAAACAAAUCCAAUCACCUAUCAGAAUACUGGUGUUAUGGCUUCCAACUGGGACAUGUAUGAUAGUUAUCGGGGUAUCCAAACUCAAGAAGUUUCAGCAUCAAUGUUCAAUGAAGUGGCUGAUGAAGAUUUUCUAGAAAAACCUUCAGACAUGAAAAUGUUUACAAGCAACCAGGAAGCUGAUAGUGGAAAGGAAAAAAAAAAGUCCACAUCUGAUGAUACUGUGUAUUCAUCAGUGACCUCUAGCCUUACAUCGCAAAAUCAAGUUGUGAUAUUAAAUGAUAAAUCAAAUGAUGAACAGAUGAAAAAUACUGAGAAAAUAUUACAGAAUGAACGAUUUAAGAAUGAUCUUUUUAUGAUAGAACGCAUCAUCAACUUGAACACUUACCAAAUCAAAUUGGCUGAGUAUCGUAAUCUUCCUAUAAGUUGGGUUGUUGAAAAAGAUGCAUGGGGUUUGGCUACCAGUCAAGUGAAAGAUGCAGCACUAAGUGCCCCAAAUCUGCACAAACUCUGGUCAUUUGUCUGUCCACUGACCAAAGGUCGAACAGUCAGUUGUAUGGCAUGGAAUCCUAAUAAUCCAGAUCUGAUUGCAGUUGGCUAUGGACAGUUAGAAUUCAAAAGCCAAAAAUCUGGUCUCUCUUGUUGCUGGUCUUUAAAAAACCCAGAGUAUCCUGAAAGAGUCUUUCCCAGUGAACAUGGAGUCACAGCUGUUAAUUUUUCUUCAUUUAACAGCAACUUAUUGGCUGUUGGCUUCUACAAUGGUGGCCUUGCCGUUUAUGAUAUGUCCAACAAUUCAAAUCAACCUCUCCUUCAUAAUCUAAUAUCACCUUUCAAGCAUACAGGACCUGUUGGUCAGGUGAGGUGGAUUGAAAAAGAGACCAGUUCAGAGGUGUCUGAAAAGAUAGAAAUUCUGGUCAGCAUUUCCAAAGAUGGACGAGUGACUUCUUGGUCAAUCAGGAAAGGAUUUGAAAGCAAUGAUCUGAUGCGUUUGCGCAGAGUUGGUCUGAGUGCAAAAGUUGCUGGCAAGAGUCGAGAGAAAAAAGUGGAAAUGUUUAUCUCUAGAUAUGAUGGUGGAAUGUGUUUAGAUUUUCAUCCAAUUGCAACCAACAUAUAUUUGGUUGGUACAGAAGAAGCUUAUAUUCAUAAAUGUUCCUGUUCUUACAAUGAACAAUACCUUGACACUUACAUUGGACACUUGGCUCCUGUAUAUUGUGUUGUAUGGUCUCCGUUUCUGCCAGAUGUGUUCCUUAGUUGUGGUGCUGAUUGGACUGUUCGUUUGUGGCACCAAGACAGAUUGACACCAAUUCUUACUUUUUUUUCAUCCAUUGUUUUAGAUUCCAAAUCUGAAGCCUACAAACUUGAUCCCAUCAUACAUUACCCACCAAAAGAUGCCCCCAGAGGACCAACCCCAACACAGAUUACUUUUGCCAAAAAUUCAGAUUGUGUCUAUGUUGGUGAUGAUGAAGGCAAUGUAAUUGUUCUUCAAUUGCAAGGUGUAUCAACCCCUCCAGACCCUGACAAGCAGGUGAGUUAUUACCACAACUUCAUGUUAUAA